GGGUUGCAAAAUUCCUACACUUCUUUGAAUUGCUGAGAAGAUUUAAACUAGUGAACUCGAUCGAAAUGCAGAGACAGAAAUGGUGAUGUAUGUAAUCCACGCUAAAUGUUUUUUCCUGUUUUCAUAGGAACCUACUGCCCCACACUUCACUUAUAAGCUCGAUCAGAAAUAUAACUGAGCAAGAAACAACUAACUGAUGAUGAAGGUAUGUCAGUGACGUUCCAAUGAGAUGGACCGUUUGCAGGUUUGGCAGACUCAGGGUGGGGAAUCAACAUCAACAUCAACAUCAACUGCGUCCAAUUAUUUAAACAUCGGGCCAAACAUAUAUGGAAUAAAUGUUUUCAACAGGAAAUCAAAUAGGGUAUUAAUCCCUGUUAUAUGCGUGUUGUUAUCAUCAUCAAACCAAGCGGUUCACCGCUCUACCAUACAUUCGUCAGGUAACAAGGAAAAUUAGCGUCAAAGCUCCGUUUUAACCAAAUUCUGCAAUGACUUUGAAAUUAUCCUACAAGAUUACGAGGAAUGAAGGUUGUACUUCAAAGUUCCGCGUCCGUAAAAAUAGUUGAAAUUUGAAAGGAAGUGUGUCGCUCCUAAUCAUUAGUGACCUUGGCAAGAUAUCAAACGCAUCGAGUCAGGGCAUAGUUGUUGAAAACAAUCCUGGAUGAUAUAUUUGAAGAAAGGAACGAAGAAUAACGGGAGAAUGUUACUGACGGCUACUGAAAUCCACCGGGACCGAGGGCAUAAGCCACGCCGGAGUUAUCGUAGAUUGUACAUGUGGCUGUACAAUAUACUCUCUCGACAACAUCUGCCAAAUCCUGGGAUGGAAUAUGAUCAGAAACCCCUUACUUAGACUACGUACUAAGCGCUUCCGUGCAACGUGGGCUACCCGUAACUCUUAAAGAAAUUGUCGUUUAAUUGUUCUUUACACAAACGUCUCCGAAAAAACGUUUUAAGUGUCGGACUAAAAGGAUAAGACGAUCAUCAAUUAUCGCUUAAAAACUUCCGCUUGAAAACGUAAUUUGUGACAGCCUUUAUUUAUUUUUUUUCAGUUUGUAACAGCAAUGGUUGUUUUACUCAUGGUGUUCUCCAUGGCCGUCAUCCCAGCAACGACUUUCAGGAUCAGACGUAACGCAACAGAGCCAGCUAUCAACGGCUGUGUUAAACGGUGGAGUCGCCAUCCAGGCGCAAAUGGGGAUGUACUAGUCGCGGAAUGCAAGAAACAUUCAUUCGCCUGUUUGCACAGCAUUACCAAGUUCGGCUUUCCCAAGUGCAAACCAGUUUACAAAAUCAUCUCGCUGCUGAAAUCAUCCGGGACCAAGGGUACACGCCAUGCCAGAGUUGUCGUGAAUUGUAGCUGUGGCUGA